CGCUGAGCUGGUUCUAGGACCCCGCGGAGCCGCUGAGAAGAAGCACAUGGUCUGUACUCACAAGACAACAGUUUUUGUCAGAUUUUUUUUYCCCCCACUGGAAUUAAUGUCCUUCCAGAGGACGAGAGACAGCAGCGGUUUGUCUGUCUGUUGUUUUUGUCACACUUUUCCCUUUUCUUGUUUCCUCCUCGAGGAGCUGGACAUCCUGGAGCCAGAUGGGGGGAAGAAGCGCGCAGAGUUGAAUCAGCUGUCAUUGGGACAUCCUGAAAAGGACUGCUUCAGACACUUGAUCAGAUUUCAGGAAGUCACUUUAUUUAUUUAUUAAAUUUAUUAUUAUUAUUUUUUUAAUAAGGAGGGAAGAGGGAGGUUCUUGCUCAUCAGCUGUUAGUUGGACUGAUGUGAUGCUGCAGUGAAGAGGGAAGCCGUCCACGCUUCAGCAUCAUGAGCCCAGAGAGUCUGAAGUUGAUUCUGACAGCACUUCAGGCUUUAACCAUCUCAUUACUGUGGGACGAGGUGCACUCUGCUGAAGGGAGUCCUCUGAGGGMAGCUGUUCAGCAUGGAGCCCCAGCAAAGCAGGAACAUUACGAGACAAUAGUGCCUCUUCAGCUCGUUGGAGAAGAAUGGAAGCCAGUCAGCCAAGUCAAAUCUCAGAAUCACCCAGCAUCGCUGAAGCUCCUGGUUGAAGCGAAAGGUGAGCGGCUGCUCCUGGCUGUAGAGAAGAACCAGGGGCUGUUUGCUAGUAACUAUACAGAAACCCAUUACCUGGAAGAYGGCACUUCAGUCACAGGCCCUCACAACUUCACGGCAAACUGCUAUUACCACGGAGAAGUGGAAGGUCRUGUCGACUCAGACGUCAGCCUCAGUACUUGUGCUGGAAUUAGGGGUUUUGUAUCUUUUGGAGGCCGAUCCUACAUGUUGGAACCGUGCACAAAUUGCUCCGAUGGGACUCACUGGAUCUACUCAGCAGAACACCUCAGUUUUGUUUCCGGAACCUGUGGUCACGAUUUCAACAUAUCCCACCCCGCUGUGCUCGCAGACAGUGGUCCGUUCAAGGCCUUCAGCUCAAGACAUAAACGCCACCUGCAGUCGACAACCAAGUACGUGGAGCUCAUCAUCGUGGCUGACAACAGAGAGUUUCAGAAGCAAGGUAAAGACAUGGAGAAGGUCAAACAGCGGCUGGCUGAGAUCGCCAAUUAUGUGGACAAGUUCUACAGAGCAUUGAAUAUCCGAGUGGCACUGGUGGGGCUCGAGGUAUGGAGUGACGUCGACAAGUGUCCCAUUACCCAGGACCCCUUCACCACCUUGCACGAGUUUUUAGACUGGAGGAAAGUCAAAUUAUUACCACAGAAGCCCCAUGACAACGCCCAGCUAAUCAGCGGCGUGUACUUCCAAGGCACCACCAUUGGAAUGGCGCCCAUCAUGAGCAUGUGCACGGCAGAGCAGUCGGGAGGAAUUGUCAUGGAUCAUUCAGACAAUCCUCUGGGAGCUGCAGUCACGCUGGCCCACGAGCUCGGACACAACUUCGGGAUGAACCAUGACACGCCGGAGCGGGGGUGUGGCUGCAGGGUGACCGUGGAUCGUGGGGGCUGCAUCAUGACGCCCUCCACUGGGUAUCCCUUCCCCACCGUGUUCAGCAGCUGCAGCAAGAAGGACCUGACGGCCAGUUUUGAGAAAGGUGUGGGGAUGUGUCUGUUUAACAUGCCCGAGCUGAAGGUGCUCUACGGCGGGCAGAAAUGUGGCAACGGCUACGUGGAGGAGGGAGAGGAGUGUGACUGUGGCGAACUGGAGGAAUGCAUGAAUCCUUGCUGCAAUGCUACUACCUGCACUCUGAAAGGAGAUGCCGUCUGCGCACACGGGCACUGCUGUCAGGACUGCCAGCUGAAGCCAGCGGGAACCCCGUGCCGCGAGUCCAGCAACUCCUGCGAUCUGCCCGAGUUCUGCACCGGCGUCAGCCCCCACUGCCCCGCCAACGUCUACCUCCACGACGGUCACUCCUGCCACAACGUGGAUGGCUACUGUUACAACGGCAUAUGCCAGACCCACGAGCAGCAGUGCAUCACUCUGUGGGGUAAAGGAGCCAAGCCAGCUCCAGGAAUCUGCUUUGAAAGGGUCAACUCCGCUGGAGACCCUUAUGGCAACUGUGGCAAGGAUUCAAAAGGCUCCUUUGCCAAAUGUGAAGCACGAGACGCUAAAUGUGGCAAAAUCCAGUGUCAAGGAGGAGCAAACCGCCCAGUAAUUGGCACCAAUGCUGUUUCCAUAGAAACAAAUAUACCCCUGCAGGAAGGCGGAAGGAUACUGUGCCGAGGUACACAUGUCUACCUGGGCGAUGACAUGCCCGAUCCCGGCUUGGUUCUGACGGGAACCAAGUGUGGCGGUGGAAUGAUGUGUUUGAACCGUCGGUGCCAGAACGUCAGCGUUUUUCAUGUGCACGAGUGUGCAGCCAAGUGCAGCGGUCGAGGGGUGUGCAACAACAACAAGAACUGUCACUGUGAGGCUCACUGGGGGCCUCCUUUCUGCGACACGGCAGGUUUUGGAGGAAGUCUGGACAGUGGCCCCAUCAGACUUGCAGACAACAAGAYCUUGACGGUGGGCAUCCUGGUGUCUCUCCUCACUGUGCUGGUGGCUGCUCUGAUCGUCUGCAUCAAGAGGAAAACCCUGAAGGGUCUGCUGUUCACCGGCAAAAAGAACCCCAUGGAGAAGCUUAGAUCAGAGACUGCUGCCAUCAGCGGACCACCCGCUCCGAAACCUCCAUCCACAGCGAGCGCAUCUCCGUCCCGACCGGCACCGCCUCUGCCGCACAGUGCCACCAUCUUCAAGUCUCCUCACCGGGGGCCGGAGGCAGGACCCCCACCGGCUCCAUACCCGGCUCACAGCCUGCGCAGACUUCCCCAGUGCCCUCCAGUUCACCUCAGCCACCCGGUGCCCCUGUCCCUCACGCUGUCCCUCUCCCCGGGGCCCCAGCAGCUGAGACCCCCGGCCCCUCCUCCUCACCGAGCCCCUCCUCCUCACAUCCACAUGGCACCCAGGGGAGCGUCGUUCCGCAGCGUGUCCCACCACAACUCCUGCAGGAUGGUGAUGGAGCUGGAGAAGCCCAGUCCUCCACAGAAACCUCUGCCUGCCGAUCCAAGGAGCUCCCGUCUGGUGCGAAGUCCCUCUUCAGUGCAGGACCACUCUGUAGGCCAGGGGUCCUCUGUUAUAUGUGGACCUGCACCAGUACCAGGUGCACCCAGACCUGUGCGCCCAGUCCCACUCCCCAACAGGCCGAGGCCCAAGCAGCCUCCAACACUACCAAAGCCUUGCAUUGUUGCCAACAUUAAAUACAGCAGCUGAGACUUUGGCCAGAAGGGACAAACAAAUAAAAAUAAUAAUAAUUUGCAC